GAAGGGGAGAGAGAGAGAGAGAGAGAGAGAGAGAGAGGAACAUAAACAUAGUAUAUAAAAAGCAGCAACGUAAAUAGAGACAACAGAAUGAGGUUGCGCUUGUUUCAAAAUACACGAGGAGUUUUUGGGAGUUGGUGGACGUCGAGGUGGUGCUUGUGGUGUUGGAGGUCUCCUUUAUUCUUAUUGUCUUUGGCCCUUUUUGUGUGCUAGAAGACGGCCGCUGAUUCUAUUGUGACUGUCGGUAAUUAGCUCUCCUCCGCCGGUUCACAAAGCCACCAUUCUCAUUCUUCCAACACAUCCCAAAUUUCCUUUCUCAACCACCCGUUCUUGAACCCGGCCAUUUUUCUCUUCUAAUCUUUCUAAUUUUUAUACCAAAAUCAAUCAAACCAAUCCAAAUAAGGAACUCAUUUCGUUGUUUUUCUUCAAAAUGGGAAAGGGAAGGAAAAUAAAGACCAAGGGAAGGAUAUCGAAAAUAGGGAGUUAUGCGAUAGCGUCGUCAAUGUCGAUGAGGGACCAUCGGCAACAGCCCUGCAUUACCUGUACCACCUUCAACAUCUUAGCCCCGAUAUACAAGCGCCUCAACCUUGACAACAAUCAAAAUUCCCGUGAAAGCGAUUGCAGAGCCUAUUGGCUUGCCAGAAACAACCGGAUUUUGGAUUCCUUGUUGCACGAGAGAUCUUCCAUCAUUUGUCUCCAGGAAUUCUGGUUGGGGAACGAAGAGCUGGUGAACAUGUACGAGAAGAGACUGGGUGACGCUGGUUAUGUCAAUUUCCAGCUUGCGCGCACCAACAACCGCGGUGAUGGACUGCUGACUGCUGUGCGGAAGGACUAUUUCAGAGUUAUUAAUUAUCGAGAAUUGCUCUUCAAUGAUUGUGGAGACCGUGUUGCUCAGUUGUUACAUGUAGAAUUAGCAGCCCCCUUUUCACAAUGCCUAAACUACAAUGAUACUUGCCAAGAAAUUCUCAUUGUGAACACCCAUUUGUUAUUUCCUCACGAUUCAAGUUUAUGUCUAGUACGGUUGCAUCAGGUAUAUAAAAUCCUGCAAUAUGUGGAAUCUUAUCAGAAAGAAUGCAACCUUAACCCAAUGCCAAUUAUACUCUGCGGCGACUGGAAUGGAAGCAAAAGUGGGCAUGUUUACAAGUUCCUCAGGUCACAAGGUUUUGUAUCAUCAUAUGAUACUGCUCAUCAGUACACUGAUGCAGAUGCUCACAAGUGGGUUAGCCACCGAAAUCAUCGUGGGAACAUAUGUGGUGUGGAUUUUAUAUGGCUUCUCAAUCCUAAUAAAUACCGUAAACUACUAAAAGCUAGUUGGAGUGAAGCCGUAUUUGGCAUGUUCAAGUAUCUACUACGGAGAGCUUCACUCACAGAAGAGGAUGCCUUUGCUUUUCUGAAGGCUGAUAAUGAUGGCGAUUGCAUUACCUACUAUGGUUUCUGUGAGGCUCUUCGACAGCUUAAUUUAACUGGUCAUUGCCAUGGACUCAGUGUUGAAGAGACAAAGGACUUGUGGGUCCAAGCAGACAUUGAUGGAAAUGGUCUUCUUGAUUAUAAAGAAUUCCAGCAUGGAAUCUGGAAUCCUGAAUCUGUAGAACAAAAUGAUGAAAAUAAUAAUGAAGACCAAAAUGACUUUCCUAAGGAUGGGCAAGAGCAAACCAUUGGUUUCAGCGUGGAGAAUGCUGUACUUUUCCCUCCUGAAGUGGAGAAAGGAAGAUGGCCUGAAAAUUAUUUUCUUUCUGAUCACGCUCGGCUCACCGUGGUAUUCUCACCAAUAACCAUGCCCUGCUCACAGGCAAUAUCCUGACAGACCUGAAAUGCAAAGGCUAUGGACAGGUUAUGAGACGGAUGCUAGAACGGACAAGGGAUUUAUUUGCAGAGGGACUUUCUUAAGUUCUUCCCUUGAGGGAAGAACAAUUAUAAGUUGAUUCUUGCGCCAUCUUCAAUGGUCUUUUGAGUAUCAAAUCUUGUGCUUCUUCAGAGAGUAGUCCCAAUGUGGGACUGAAAUAUUCUCAGAAUUCCUGUUGGGGGCUUUCACAAGUUGGACGCUCUAUAUAAGUAAAGAAAAACAAGGCAAAAAAGAGGAAAGAAGGGAAGAAGUUGAAGAUUUUACUUUUGAGGAUACAAGUAUGUGAGACAUGUCAAUUUUUUUAGUGAACUGGGGACUUCACCAUUUUUAGUGCUGCUUGCAUUUGAAUUAUAUUCAGGGCAAAAUUGAAAGCAACGGUGUUGAAAUGGGUUGUUCCACCAAAUCCAAAUUGUACAGAAAUGUAUAUUGGAAUCUAUUUUUCUGGUUUCCUAAUAUGAAAA